GAAAGGCGUUCAGAACUUUUCGAGAAGUCGAACCGUCAACACAUGUGAGUAUUUGUACGUAUGUACUUAUCGUCUGCUGUAUGAUCGAAUAUCGAAUAGGCGCUUGGCCAUGGAUCGCUGCAUUAGGUUUUCGUAAUCCCCGAAACCCAGACAAACCACUAUGGAAGUGCGGAGGUUCCCUGAUAUCGGCUAGGCAUGUUUUGACCGCAGCACAUUGUGCACAUAUGGAUGGAAUAGAAAACAUACACAAUCAUAAUAUUGUCAUUCUUAGAUUGGUGGAGGAGGUGCCAUUUUCGAGGUACGUAUAUCCCAUUUGUACGAAAGAGCCCCUACGAAAGAGCAACUUCGUCGGCUAUAACCCCCUUGUUGCUGGAUGGGGAGCAUUAAGAUAUAGACGACCACGACGUAAUGCAUUAAUGGAAGUACAAAUGCCAGUGAUUAAGAACGCCGAAUGCAAAAUAGCUUAUUCCAAAUUUCCUAAUGCACCUGAUAUCACUGAUGGUAUAAUAUGCGCCGAACAUGCUCAGGGUGGAGAGGAUUCUUGUACGGCUGACCGCGGCGGACCACUGCUGAUACAACAUGAAUUAACCUCGUAUUUAAUAGGUAUUGUGUCUUAUGCUUAUAAGUGCGGCACAGCUGGGUAUCCCAGCGUUUACACUAGGGUCACAUCGUACCUUGACUUCAUUCUCCAAGCGAUGCAAUAAUAUGAUAUUACUGUUCCAUAAAUAUCAUUGUGUAAAAAACGUAAAGUUGGAUUUUCUUAUUGUGGAGAUAAGAAACAGCUCAAAUUUACAUUGUUUUGUACGUUACAAAUUAUAGGCUUAAAAUGUACGAAAUGUAACUUUGAAACGACACUAAUUUUUUACGCACGAUAAACCUCCACGACUUAGGUAUGUAAAG